GCAGUGCAUAAAUUUUUGUGCUUAAUUUUCCAAUCGUAAUUAUUUAUCCAAAUAGAUAGAAUUUGGAAUCAGAAGUAAAUAUUUUUACAUCGAUUCUGAUUUCAACAUAUACGGUAUUUAUGUGGAUUUUGGUGUUUUAAUUUGUGUCCUUUGACGUAAUAAAAAGUGGUUGUCAAACGAUAUACAGCGAAGAAGUGAUUAAUGCAUAAUUAAAAAGCUGUCAAGUAAGGAAAAUAACAUUGGAGAGUUAAAUGGUGUAAUCAACGCCCCUUACUGUGAAAAUUUGCCGGGAAAAUAUGAGCUUAGGUUGGACAACUAAUCGUGACAACAACAGCAGAGAGUAUAGCCUCCAAAAGAUGAACCGCUGAGUGCAACGCUUGUGCCUCCCCCGAUGGAAAAUAUAUACAACGCAAACGCACUAGAGAGACUAUCCACACGAGCGUACGAAUUCCACAUUCGUGUACGAGCGAAUACCGAUGCAGUCUUAGUUUCAUACAGCAGCGCUCUUGCUUCUUUCAUUAGAUUGUGAAGAGCCAGCAACGCGUCGAGAGCAUUUUCCGGACGUCCGUGCUUCAUAAACCGUGACCAAAAGAAAAUCAGUCAACGCUCACACUGGCCCUUUUUUCUUACUAUAGGGUCACACAAACGGAAUAUAUUUUUCACGAAACACAUUUUUGUAGAAAAUAAUACAAAAUUAGUGAACAAAGUGAUUACCACGCUACUCCUAAAGCGUCUAUAUUCUAUUUAAGCUGCACUGACGUACCGCCGCAUAAACGGUGUAACCGCGCGCGUACGCGUUCGGUUGUAAAAAAGACCCUGAGCAAAAAUCGAUUUUUUCUUCAUUUUACACGCUUCUAAAGAGAAUUUCCAACAACAAUAGGAGUAGCUAAAAAGGCUACUCACAUAUAUGUAUAUAAAGAAACUAGUUCAAAACUAAAGUUAUAUUAAAAUUUGUGAAACAUUUUUGAAAACUUAAGGGAGUACUAGUCCCAUAAAUGUGAUAAAAGUGGAAAAUAAGGAAUUCAAAUAACGAAAGUAAAGAAGAGGCAAAAACAACGUGAUAGAAAACCCGAUACACAAAAACCAUCUACCAACAAUCAAAAUCCAAUCCACUCUCAUUCAUAGCUGCUUUGGCGUUCUAGUAACAAUUUGCGCUGAUUUUUGCCAUCAUAACCCACCCCUCUCUAUUGUUGUUCGGAAGCUUUCAACGAUAAGCUACAUUUUCGACAUUGUGCUCGUCCAACAGCGUCAUCACCUUCAUCGUCAUCAUAAGCAGCGAACGCAACAGCAGAUACCAACAAUUUUUCUCCCUGCGCGUGUGUUAAAUUAUACCAUUGAGUGCUCCAAGUGCUGGUUAUAAAAUAUAAAAGGUGUUUAUCAAAAGGAAAGCAAAAAAUUCGAAAGCUUACAAUUUGUGGAUGUGAAAUAAUAUAAGAGCUACAACUCACAAGAUAAAAUUUAAUUCUGUAUAUAAAAUAUUUAAUAAAAAAUACAACUGUUAGCACUUAAAAAAGCUUACAUACAGUCUGUGAAUACGAAAAUAACACACAAAAGUGAGGCAGAAAGUGAGUCAUGCUGCCGUUGCUAUUGUCGCUUAAGCUAUCGCUAUCGUCGUCGUUGUUAAUGUCGCCCAAAUUAUUGUCGAGUGUCGUGGAUAUCGCAGUAAAUUGAAUUUGUUGACCGUGAGCAUUGCCUUCACCCGCUACACAUACCAAUACACACACGUUCAAAUUCAUUCUGCCCCCUCUAACAACGUGAAAUAACAAAUGCUAAAAAUUCGUAUGCUGAUAUAUGUAAUAUUCACUCUCAACAAUAACUUGCAAUAUAUGUAUAACGCAAUCAAAGAGGCAGUUUUAUAGUGACAAAAAUAAGAGGAAAAGUCAAUAAUUUAAUUCAGAAAUAUCAAAAAGCAACGCCUCAAAAAAAGAACUAUUGCCAAGACAGCGGUACGGCGGCUGGUUCCAAACGUCCGCAUUUCGCAAGGAAAAAUCGAUAAUUGUCAUACGAACGGGCCGCAAACAACCGCCCGCGUCCACCCACCACCGCAAAAAAAUAUUCAGGCGUGGAAAGUGUUGCACACACGAAGUACGCUGUGAGACCGACAAAAUUAGCAGUGAUAAAUGGAAAAGCAAAAACGAAUUGGCGUAUAAAAGAAAAGCAAAAAUUUGUGUUGUGCUCGUGUCAAGUUCACCAUAAGUAUUAUAUGAAAAUUCAAUUAAUAUAAUUUUGAAACAAAUAAGUGAUAGGCUAAAUUAGGAGCAUUAACUGCCACAAAAAAAAUUAUAAACAACGUCUUGAAAUUGAGCAAAGCUAUAUCCCUUGUCCCUUGAAAAAAUCUACUGAAAAUUUAGCUCAACAAAGCCAACGAACGACAAAAUAAGUCAACGAAAAUAAGUCAGCUAAUAUAAAGUUAAAAUUAGAAUACAAAUUAAAAAAAGUUCAAAGCAAACGCACUGCUUAAGAAGUGUUUCAGUGAAAAAACGCGAACCACAAAAAAACAAAAACAAUUUCAAACACUUCAGUUCUUGAAUAAAUAAAGCUGCAAAAUGACAAAAGACAGAUUAGCCGCACUUCACGCAGCCCAAUCCGACGACGAAGAGUCCGAGGAAGUGGCUGUCAAUGUGGAUGCCCAUGAUUCUUAUAUGGAUGAGUUCUUCAAGCAGGUGGAGGAGAUACGUGGUAUGAUCGAUCGCGUUCAAGACAAUGUCGAGGAAGUGAAAAAAAAGCAUUCAGCUAUACUCUCCGCCCCUCAGUCAGAUGAGAAAACCAAGCAGGAGCUUGAAGAUUUAAUGGCCGAUAUUAAAAAGAAUGCAAAUCGGGUCCGUGGAAAGCUAAAAAGCAUCGAACAAAAUAUAGAGCAAGAGGAGCAGCAGAACAAAUCGUCCGCCGAUUUGCGUAUACGCAAAACACAACAUUCAACGCUAUCACGAAAAUUCGUCGAGGUGAUGACAGAAUACAAUCGCACGCAAACGGAUUACCGAGAGCGUUGCAAAGGUAGAAUACAACGUCAGCUGGAGAUUACCGGACGUGCAACGACCAGCGAAGAACUGGAAGACAUGUUGGAGCAAGGCAACCCAGCAGUAUUCACUCAAGGCAUUAUCAUGGAGACACAGCAGGCCAAACAAACGCUGGCCGAUAUAGAGGCUCGUCAUGCUGAUAUCAUGAAAUUGGAGACAUCGAUCAAAGAGCUACACGACAUGUUCAUGGAUAUGGCUAUGUUGGUGGAGUCGCAGGGCGAGAUGAUCGAUCGCAUUGAAUAUCAUGUGGAGCAUGCUAUGGACUAUGUGCAGACGGCAACGCAAGACACAAAGAAGGCGCUUAAAUACCAGAGCAAGGCGCGCCGAAAGAAGAUCAUGAUCCUGUUAUGUUUGACUGUGUUGGGUCUCAUAGUUGCUUCAUAUCUUGGCCUUACUGUCGGAAAAGUGAUAUAACGAAAAAAAGUCAUAAUAAAUAUACACAUUUGCUGCUGUUGCAAUUCGUUAACUUAAA